AUGUCUCUUACAUUUCCAGAAUAUAACACAACUUUACAACAAUUUAGCUGCCCUAUUACACAAUAUAGCAAUUACAAUUUACACACCACUUUUUUUGCACAAGUUGGGUUUUUAUUCUCUAGUUCAUCUCUUAUUUUUACCAUUGCUGUUUAUGGUGCAGGAUCUAUAUUCGGUUAUAUAAAAACCUGUAGAAUUGAUAAUAUUGUUAUUCUCACUACUUCUCUGGUUCCCAUCUUUUCUUGGUAUUCUCUUAUCAAAUUAUAUUGGUACGGAAAUAUAAUGUGUAAAACUCUCGAAAGCACAAAUAAAAUAUGUUUAUUCCUAGAAAGCUCUAUAUUUUUUAUUUUAGUACUUUUACUAGUAGUUGUUGUUAUUGUUAUCUUUAUGAUAUUAAUCUGUUCCCAUUUUUUUUAUUCUAAUAUUUCUGGUCCAUGGUGGCUUGAAAAAGAAAGUGAAGAACGAAAAAUUAGAGAUAUUCAUAAACAUGGUCACUACGAUGCUGUUUUUGCAACUAUUAAAGUUAAUGAUAUAAGCAAAAUUCAAGAAUGUUAUAUUGAAAUGAAUACCAAAAAUACUAAUAAUUGUGAUAAUAUUAAAUUAAAAAAGUUCAGAAUCGAUUAUGUCGAUGAUGAUGUUGAUAAUAAUGCAAAAACUACAUGGAUAGAAAAAAUACUUUGUGGUCAACCUAAGCAUAUGUAUGUUGAGAAUGUGAAGGAUGAAAAUGAAUGUUAUUAUGUUAUAUCAAUGGGGAAUUUUUAUUUCUGUAAAAUUAAACUGAUUACAGAGGCUGAUAUGAAAGAUAUUGAACCUAUCAUAGCAACUGAAAAGAAAGAUAUUGAAUCGAUCACAGAGACUGCUAAGAAAGUUACUGAAGAUUCUAAAGGCAUAACAAUAACAUUAAGUGCUGAUGAACAUAUAAAAACUAAUAUCAAAAGGAUUCUUGAUAUGGAAGUCAAAAAUUGUAAGAAGCCUCUUAUUAGUAAAGAUAAUGCUGAUAUCAAUAGUUUAUCAAAUAAUAGCAAUAACACCAUAUUGGAAAUCAUCAAAAUUGAUAAAGAUAACAUAAUUUUAAUUGAUGUUCUUAAUACAGGAUUCCUAAAUUACCUUAUUUACUCUCAUCAGAACUGUGAUGAUAUUAAAAAUCAGCCAGAAUCACCCCUGAAAGUUUGGGUAGUGAUUCAUGAAAUUGCUACAGCAUAUAUUUUUUGGCACAUAACAUGA